AUGAGGGCCACGCAGCUCGCUCCAAACCAGCCUCUCGCCUUCAUGCGCCAAGGUGCGGCGUGGCUGGCGUUGGGCAAGAAGGACGAAGCCAAGGCCGCCUUCACCCAAGGCUACCAAGCCGCAACCACCACCGGCAGUAGCGCUGCCGCCACCACUCCCCUCCCCGCGUCCUCCUGCGUUGACCUUGAGUUCGCGCUGCGCCUGCACACGCUCUCCCUCGACCCCUCCUCCCCGCUAUCCCCAACGCCCAAGCUCGCUUCUCCCUCUCAGCAGACUCCCUCUGCAAACGCGUCUCCUGCGUCUCCUUCCUCUGCGAAUCCCCCUCGCACACCGUCUCCCUCGUCCUCACAUCGCGCUCCUGCUGCCACUUCUGCUGCCCAGAAUGGGUGUGUGAUUGUAGAGACGGGCUCUGGGGAUGCAUCAUCACGUAGAGCAAAAGAGAAGGGGGCCAAUGGGGAGGUUGCAACUGUGGAGGCGCGGGGAGAUGCUUCACCUAAGGAGCAGAAGAAAGAGGGGAAGAAGAAGGGGGGUCGAGAAGGAGAGAGAAGGGAAGGGAGUGGCGGAGGCGAGGACAGAGGGAAAGGGAGCAGUGGCGGAGGGAAGGGGUUGGGAGGAGCACGCGGCAGCCUGGCAUUGGAUUUGUUGAUUUCCCUUGGGAUCAACCAAGUUCUGGAGACAGACGGGCGGGCGCUGGGUGCGCUGGUGGGGCGGGGCACAGCACGGGCUCUGCAGCGCAAGCUCAAAGAGGCCGUGGCUGAUUUCACUGCUGCGAUUGAGAUUGAGCCGCGGGCAGCAGAGGCGUGGAAGCGGCGAGCGCAGGCGAGGGCUGCUCUGGGGCAGAUGGACGAGGUGAUUGAGGAUUUCACUCGAGCGUUCACCAUCGACCCCUCGUCCACGGAUGUGCUAGCUGAGAGGGGUGAGUGUCUUGCUGUGCUCUUGCUGUGCGGAAAGGAUGGGGUGGUCCUUGGAGUGGUGUAUGUGAAGCAGCGCAACUACCGUGCAGCCAUUUCGGAUCUAAAGACCUCUCUGGAUUCCAAUCCGAAAGAUGCCAACGCGUAUAACUUCCUGGGCUUGGCGCUGACGGGCACAGGGGCGUGCAUGGAGGGCGUUGCGGCGUACAAGAAGGCUGUGGCCCUGCGCGCAGAUUUCAAGGAUGCGUGGGUUAACAUGGGGCAGGCUUAUAAGGAGUACGGCGAUGCAGAAAACGCAGCCAAGUGCUACCAGAAGGCAUUGGACGCGGACUCAAGCUUUGCCACGGUGUACCGCUACUGGGCGCUGCUCAAGCACGGCGUGGGCGACCACAGCUUUGCGACGGUGUACCGCUACUGGGCGCUGCUCAAGCAUGGCGUGGGCGACCACAGAGGCGCGUCCCAGAUGGCGCAAAAGGGGCUGAGGUUGGAGAGGAGCAACAUCGAGCUCAUGUACUCGUAUGCCUCCUCCGAGCAUGCCGUGGGGGAAUACGCCACUGCCGUGAGUGGGUCACUCGUGCGCACGUAUGAUGAGAUGCUGGGCGUGGAGACAGACUCGGAGUCGAAGCUGCUGCAGUUCCUCGGCUUCUACCAGCGCGAGAUUGCUCUCUACACUCUCUCCAAGCACUCCCACCCGCUCGCCCACUUCAGCCUUGACAGAGACCUCGACCCCUUCUUCAAGAUUGCCCUUUACACGCUCUCCAAGCACUCGCAGCCGCUCGCCCACUUCAGCCUCGACAGGGACCUUGACCCCUUCUUCAAGGAAGCGUGGUGCAAGAAGCUUCCCCCCACGCUGCUCUUCCCAGGCUACACCACCCAGCCAGUCCCACCCUCCAUCGCCGUGCGUCUGGGCAAGAAAGCCUCCUCUGCUGCAGGGGGCAGCAGCAGCGGCGGUGGCAGCAGCAGCGGCAGUGGCGGCGGUGGUGGCGGUGGGGGCGGCAAGAGCGGUGGGAAUCCCGAGGUGCAGAGGCUGCUGGAACUAGCUGAUCGGAUAGGCCGGCUCACGCAGUACUCGUGCCCUGGCUUCCAUGCCAACGUCCGCCAGUAUCGCAUGGCGGGCCUUGCUGCCAUAGAAAUCGCCCAGGCUGUAGCAGCCGCUUGGGAACAGCGCGAGGAGGAGGCUGCUGCUGCUACAGCUGCUGCCGCUGCUGCUACAGCUGCUGGUAGCGCAUCUCCUGCUUCCGCUGCAGCAGCAGCCGUUCUUGCUGAGCUGGAGGAUGGAGGCACUGACAUGUCGUCCUUCUCCAAGUCAUCAUCUGCUGACGUGUCAUUGUCUCCUGUGCCUUCCUCUGAUGACGUGUCAUCACUUCAUUUGGACGAUUCUCUGAUGGAUGAUGGGGGUAGCAGCAGUGGAAGCGAGGCAGUGGCAGGCGGAAGCAGAAGUCAGGAGGAGAGGAGGAAGGGAGGGAAAAGUGGUGGGGGAAAAGGAGGGAAGAGCAAGGGCGGAAAGGGAGGAGGGCGGGGCAAAGGAGGAGGUGGAAGCGGAGGGAAAGGUGUCUCUGCAAGCGCAGCAGGGGUUGGGGCAGGCUCAGGCGCAGGGCAAGGGAAGGGGGGUGUGACAACAAAGGGAGUGCAGAUAAAGGGGUGGAGGGAUGCAUACUCCAUUGCUGUGCGCUGGAGGCAGCUGUCAGAGCCGUGUGACCCGGCUGUAUGGGUGGACAUGCUCACGGAGAAAGAGUUUCGAGCGGGCUUUGGGUCUCACACACCCAUACUUAUUGGGCAGACUAAGGUGGUGCGCUACCAUGCUAACUUCGACAGGGCGUUUGCAAUAAUGAAGGAGGAGAUGCUGCGGUCGGGUGCGGUGCACAACGCUGCUAACAACCGAGUGGCCGUCGAUGCACCCGCCCAGAAAGCAGCUGUGGCCUCAGCCAAGGCGUGUGAGGAUCUGUAUCGGGUGGUGGGGGAGGAUUUCUGGAUCGUCACGCCCUGCUACAGCAUGGUGGACCCGGGGAAGGUUCUCGAGGGCACACGACUCACCCUUGUGAAGACCCCCACGGGGUUUGACUUUGCCAUCCGCACGCCCGGCACGCCCUCACGCUGGGCGGACUACGACGCAGAGAUGGCAGCUGCAUGGGAGGACUUGUGCGCAGUGGUGGGGGAGAAGAUGCAGGGGGGGGCAUGGAGGCCGCCUCUUGGUCCUUCUAUGGCACGAUUCCAGCGAGCCGUGCUGCGCCUCGCCUACUACUGGUACAACUUCAUGCCGUUGGCACGUGGAACAGCCAUGGUGGGGUAUGUGGUGACACUGGCGCUCUUCCUCGCGGCCCAACUUCAGGUCACCGCCACCAUCCCGGCCAAACUGCAGGCAUGCACUCCAGCACAUGUGUGGAAGGGAGCAAGAGACACAUGUGUGGCAUUUCUGCAUGUGUUGUCACCGCUUCUGCCUGCCCGCGCUCAUGUCCACCGUUUUAUCCUUCUUGUAAACUCGCCUGUCCUCACGAAUCCUUACCCCGCCCCACCCAUCUCCUUCCCCCCCUUCCCUGCUCUCCCCAAACGUCGGCAGGUGGACUGGGAGGCGAUUCUCUCAUCGCGCUUUGAAACCUUUGCCUCGGCAGUCAUGCCAUGGCUCUCCCCCUCAGUCACGCCCCUCACCGACCCCACGCUGCCCUCCUUCCCCUUGCUCACCUCCACCCUGCCCACCGUCGCGUCUGCUGUUGCCGCCCUCUCCUCGCCCCCAACAUCCUCCCUGACGCAGCGGCUGCGUCCGACUGGUCAGAAUCUUUCCCGUGCGCACGCCUCCCCCUCGAGCAGCCUGCCUCGCUCCGCUCCUUGCGCCCCUCCCAUGCCUCUUCUCCCCCUUGUGCCCUUUCCCUUUGGCGCGACCUACAGCGUGGUUGCGAGGCGGCGAUGCUUCCGACGGGGUAGCUCCUAUUCUUCCUGCCACUCCCCUCGCCCCUCUCGCCCCUUUUCUUUCCGCUGCCGUGGCCGCCGUUUCCCUCCCCUUCCCCCUCCCCCGGCGCUUCCCAGCGCCACUUUGAUUUCUCCCGCCAUUCACCACCAGCAACCGGUGCGCCGCUGCCAUUUUCCCCCCUUGGCGGACUUCCCCCAGCUGUCUCAUUUCUUCCCGGACUACAACCCCGCCUUCCCCCCGUGUUGCCCCUCCUUGCUCCCCCACAGCCCUUCCCCCAUUUCCUGCGUCCGCCCGCCAAUCAGGAGAGAGCACGAGGGCGCUCGAGCUCCCCUCUGCGUGAAGCGCGCCGAGCUGGCGCGGAAGGAGGCGGGUGAGGAGCGGGAGAAGCAGCAGCGCGGCAGAGUUCAUCCCCGCGACUCGCGCAGAUCGGCGGGUGUAUGGACGGUUCUACACUGCAGCUCGCGCAGAGGCUGUAUAUGGAGGUAG